GUGUAUGGCCAUGAAGGAGCUCGACGGCACUCAAGUGGAUGACAACGCGCGCAUGAUAUUCGAGAUUCUACGUGUAGUGUAAGUUUUAUAAUAUGAAAAUUGCGGGGACAUUUUGAGAACUGCUAAUCAUGAGAAAAUGUUAUGUAUGAUGUAGGGUGCCUCUAUGUCAAGAGGACGCCAUUUCACGACCUAAUGACACGGAACAAAAGUCUCAGAGCGUAUGGCAGCGGAUCCUUGAGAUAUUGUUCGCCAGGACUAGGAUCUCGAUCGUAAUCGGAGAGACAGGGUUGGAAACAAGCAAGGCAGAGCGAAUAGUGAAUGAGACUGCCCACGCAGCCACCUUGAUGAACACACCGGUGACCCCGCGAAAAGUGGAUUGUAAGCUAGUCGCCUCCGUUGUCAAGGCAAAGAAAUGGGAGUUCAAGCCCAUUUCAAAUUUCGAGAUGAAAUCUCAACAAGCAGGUUGCCAGCAGGUCGAAAUCCAGGCCCGCAAGAACAUGCGUCUCAACCACUCUAUUUCCAAGAAGAUCCCAUCAACCAAGCUUUACUUUCUUGACAUGCACGGUAUUUUUCGAGCAUUUGGACUCGCAAAUCAUGAUCAUUUUCCUUCUGUAGCUCUUACUCUAACGGAUUUGUCGAUUGUUUACAUGCAUCGUAUAGGAUAUUCAGCACAACUGUAUUGUCUCUGGGAGUAUGAAUCGGUUCAUGUUUGCGGGAAGGUGCUCGAGGAAGAAUUAGCGAUCCCAACGAGCGAGGCGGAGCUCGAGUGGUUCAUGGACGGCAGAUGCAUAGCAGCGCUGCUAUCGCUGAGGACUUAUUUUCAGAAAGUCGCACAGCGGGUGCAGCAGGACUAUGCUCGACCAUCAAAGACUAUUGAGACCCCCCGAACGCCUCCACUUUGCCCUGCCACAACCAACCACACCUUUUACACACCCAAAAGGGUUCGAUCGAAUUCUUUGUCCACAGCUCCAAAUAAAAAAUCGUGAACGACAUCGCCCGGUUUCUUUAAAGCGUAUUCCAGCCCGCGUUCACAUUCCUGAAAUGCCGUUUCAUCUUCAGCUUUCUCGCUCUCCUCUGUGCUUACUGCUGCUCAGCUCUCAUUGCUUGUAGUUGGAGACGGGGUUGCGGUGAAAGCAGGUUUUCAAGAGGGAGUCCGAAAUAGUCUUCGAGAUCGUUUUCAAUACCG